AUGUAUUUGAUUUUUCAAAGAAUUUUGACCGGAUUGUUUAAGCUAUUGUCAGUUAUUAGAUGUCUGAGAUCAACUAUAGUUCAGUACGUUGCGUUCAACCCCCCAGAAGUAGGUUAUUUAAUACGAAACAGAAAUGAAGUGAUAAAAACUAUUACUCUGUCCCCAAUGCAAGAAGAGAGAUCUAGGACUUUAGAUGAACCACAAUCACCGCUAAUACAAGUCAAAUAACCAAUUAGACAGUCGCAUCAAUUAACGAAGGAACAUCUUUCGAUUAUUUCCCCAAGAAUAAAAUACUACAAUACUCUAUAAAGUGCAGAAUAUAAGUAACAAUUGAGAAACCCAAAGAAUUAAGAUUAAUAUCCCUCACAAGAGUUUAAUUUUAUAAGCAAUGAAUUGAAGGCUAUGGAGAUUGAUAAUAAUCCUGGAUUGCCUAUUUCUAGUUAUGUGUUGGAGUCCAAGUCUGGCAAUUUGAUUGCGUCUAUUUAUAUUGAAUUUUAAAACAGCGAAUAGAUUAUUCUAUAUAGUCAUGGCAAUUCUACAGAUAUCGGUUUGAUGUUUGAUACGUAUGUUGAUAUCGUCAUGGAGUGUAAAAUCAACCUAUUUUCCUAUGAUUAUUCAGGCUAUGGCUAAAGCACUGGUUAUCCCACUGACAUAAACUUGCUGUACGACAUUGAAUCGGCCUACAUCUUUUUAGUUGAUCAAUUGCAAUUUGAACCAAGGAAUAUCAUAAUCUAUGGCUAUAGUAUAGGAUCUGGACCAAGCACUAACCUAGCCUCGAGACAUGAUGUUGGAGGAUUGAUCAUUCAUUCUGGUUUGUCAAGUGGACUGAGAGUGAUUGACCCUACCAUUGAUCACACAUCAUAUAAUGAUAUAUUUCCUAAUCUUGAUUACAUAGUUGAUGUGACAGCCCCAGUUUACUUACUUCAUGGAGGAGCUGACUCUAUGAUUAAUGUUGUCCAUGCUGAACAAUUAGCUCAAAAUGCUCAUCAUUUAUUCUCGGUUUGGUUGGUGGAAAAUGGAGGUCAUGGAGACAUUGAUUCCCAAUGGAAGGAAUUGUACUUCAAAAGAUUACAGAGAUUUCUACAAUAUUGCUAAACUGCCUAUGUGGUUAGACCACAAUAAAAAUAAAAUAAAAGAACAACUAAACAUAUCUAUGAUGAAUGUAACUUUGACAAAGAAAUCUUUUAAAUAAGUCUACUAGAAAUGUGA